GACAACAAUAACGGUUCCAUAUGAAAAUUUCACCCAUCUCUACUUUGAAAACGGCAUUAAUUAUGACACCCGGAAAAUGCUCUUGUCAUAAUAUUUUUGUUGAUUAGUUCAUGUCUUAUUUAAUGGUGAUAAAUCAGUUUUUUGGCCCAAAUAUUCCUCAAUAUUUAUUGAAAUUUUCUGUACGACGAUAAAGACUUAGUCAUCCAAUGAUGCCAAAUUUAAGAAAAAGACGACAUUCCAUAAGUAAAUUAGUACCAUCGAGUGAUAUCCAAGUAAGGAAAAAGCACACCCUAUCCAAGACUGGCAAAAAUAAAGAAUUAAGUAACAAAAACCAAGCUGUUACACAACUACAUAUAAAAAGAAUUGAUGUAAAGAUAGGAGAUGUGAUAAAUAAUGCUCUUGGUGAGGGUUCAAAACCUACAAAUGCUAUACAAGUAAGAAAAAAACGAAAGCUAUAUGAUCCUAGUAAAAAUGAAGAAUCAAAUAAAAAAAAACAAACUGUUAAAAAAGUCAAUAAAAAAGGACGAAAGAAAAAGCGCGUAAAGAAAGGAGAUAUUUUAAUGAGUAGAUAUAAGAUCAUAAGUACUCUUGGUAAAGGCACUUUUGCCAUGGUAUUUCAAGCUGAAGAUUUGAUAAAACACCAAAUGGUAGCCUUAAAGACAUUUAAAGAUGUUAGAAAGCACAGUAUAGGUAUAUCAGAAGUACAUGUUUUGAAAACAUUGGGACAAAAAGAUCCUGAGUCAGCGUACCAUUGUAUAAAAAUGCUGGAUUGGUAUAAUGGCCAUGGAUAUAUGUUUAUUGUAUUGGAGAUGCUAGGUGUGAGUUUACUAGAAUUUAUGAGAAGCAAUAAAUACCAACCAUUCCCAUUGGAUCAAAUAAGGCAUAUCGCUCACCAAUUAUGUAUUUCAACAAAAUUUUUGCACGAUAACAAAUUAACACAUACUGAUCUCAAACCCGAGAAUAUUCUAUUCCUCGAUUCUAAUUAUGAAUUACUCUAUAACAAUAGAAGACAUAUCGCAUUUAAACGAAUUAAGAAUACUGAUUUGAAGAUUAUUGAUUUUGGAAAUGCUAUAUUUGACCACGAAUAUCAUGAUACAUUAGUUUCUACUCGCCCUUACAGAGCACCUGAAGUAAUUCUGAAAUUAGGAUGGAAUCAGUCAUGUGAUGUAUGGUCCCUAGGUUGUAUUCUGUUUGAACUGUAUUUGGGUAUAACAAUAUUUGAAAGUAUUGAGGAUAUAGAGCAUUUAGCAAUGAUGCAGAAAGUUCUAGGAAAUAUACCACUUCAGAUGGUAAAAAGAAGUAGAACCAAAUAUUUUUAUAAUGGAAAACUCAAAUGGGACAAUAAGGAUAUAAUUGGAAAGUUUGCAAGAUUAAAAUAUGAACCAUUAAUUAGAUACAAAAUGAUGGACGGACGAGAACAUAACGAGUUUUUUGAUUUAAUCAAAAAAAUGUUAACAUACGUCCCCACAGAAAGAAUCACCUUAAAUGAUGCAUUGAAACAUCCAUUUUUCAUCAAAUUGCUUGUUGAUAAUUAAUUUCUUAUUUAUGUAUCUCUGAAGUUUUUAGAGAUUGUUACAUUGAAUUUUUUGUUUGAAACAUUGCCAAAAUUUCACCAAUUUUUCACUAAUGGGAUCAUUUUGUAAAGUUACUUGUUAAAUUGAGAGUCACAA